AAUAUGAAUAUAAAUUUUAUGAUGGAAAUGUUAAAAUUAAAAAAGAACGCAUUUUUAUGAAUUUUUUUGUUCAAUUUCAAGUGCUUGAAGGUAUCAUGAGGGUUUUAUCUCUUUAGAAUAAUUUAGUAUAUCGACUAUUUUAAGUUUGUAAAACAGUACAUUUUAAUGAUUCAAUCGUUUAUUUACAUGUUGAAAUGUUUUUUUUUCAUAUUUCCAUGUUGUUUUAAAUGAAGGUAAAUACAAGUUUGCAAAGAAUUCAAUUAUGCAUCUAUCAAAAACAAAUUCUGACUAUUUAAUUUAAAUCCAUGCGUUCUAUAUUACGUAUAAAAUCUACAUAUCCAUAUGUUAUCCUAUGAACAGCUCUGAUUAGAUUAGCAUUUCUCUUCUCAGCAUUUCAAAAUUAUAAGUCAUCAAAUUCUAUAGAUUCAUCUGGAUCCUGUCAAGUUUUCUCAUCGAAGUGUUAGAAAUAACUCUGCACGCAAAGUCUAAUGAAAUCUUACAUGCAUGCACUAUGCCAAUGUUAAGGAGAUGCUUCCCUAGAUUUCCAAUCAUCAUCCAGAAAAUUAUAUGAUCGGGAAUUUUGUCCUAUGCUAUGACAAGCAUUCUCAAAGAUGCAUGCUGAAUUCUCAAGGUUCUUCAACAACAGGAAUAAGAUUUGGCAUCCUCCUAACAAGAUGCAAAUAGAAUCUUCUCAGGAUUUUCUCAGUUUAGGAGUUUCACAUAGUUCAUUAUUUCAUUACUUAAAUUCUUGUCUGAUGUUCAUAUAGAUGAUCAUCCUACAAAAAAUUCUACAUUCUUGCAAUUCCGAAUAAAAUGUUCAGACCUCUAUGUUUUUCUAUCAAAAGCUCACAUGGAAUUAGCAUUACUCUUUUUCGGACAAAUCUCCUUACAGCAAUCUCCAGGUGUUGUUUUUAGGAUCAAAAAGAUCUUGGGAAGAACUAAAAGUGACUUAGAUGUAGGAAUCGUUAUGAAAUCCUUCUUUUUUAUAGGAAACUAAGAAAAAACUUCUGAAUAUUUUUCCGCGGAACCAGCAUUUUCAAAGAUGAAUAUCAUAUUUGUAUCGCUUGCUCCCAUAAGAGACGGGAUCUCUUCCACAACGACGAUUUCUUUUCUUUUUUGUUCAUUGUAGUAAUUUCCAAUAUUCCAGUCGAUGCCCGAUGGGCACCGAAUGGAGUGAGUGUUGCUGGAGGCCAUGGACAAGGCAAUGCCACCAGUCAACUCAACCACCCUCAUGGUCUCUUCGUCGAUGAUGAUCAAACGAUGGUCAUCGCUGAUUGGGGCAAUGAUCGUAUCAUGCAAUGGAAGAUGGGUGAUAAGAAUGGACAAGUAGUAGCUGGUGGUCAUGGCUAUGGAAAUCGAUUGGAUCAAUUGUAUUGGCCAAGCGAUGUAUUGAUCGAUAAAGAGACGGAUAGCCUCAUUAUUUGUGAUUCGAUGAAUAGACGAGUUGUACGAUGGUCUCGUCGUAGUGGCACAACUGAAGGAGAAAUCCUCAUCAACAACAUCGCUUGUGCAGGAUUGGCCAUGGAUGAUCAGAGAUAUCUCUACAUCUCUGACACCGACAAACAUGAAGUAAGACAAUAUCAAAUAGGAGACAAGAAGGGAACUAUUGUGGCUGGUGGCAAUGGCGAAGGUGAUAGUCUCGAUCAACUGAACUAUCCGAUCUACAUCUUUGUCGAUCGACAACAGACUGUUUACGUAUCAGACAGGAGGAAUCAUCGUGUGAUGAAAUGGAAUAAAGGUGCAAAAGAAGGAAUUGUCGUCGCUGGAGGUCAAGGCAAAGGGAAUACUCUAACACAAUUGGGAAGUCCUAAUGGACUGUUCGUCGAUACGUUGGGUACCAUCUAUGUGGCAGACUCAGUGAAUGAUCGAGUGAUGCGUUGGCCUAAAGGAGCGAAAAAAGGCAGUGUCAUUGUGGGUGGAAAUGGUGAAGGAAUAGGAGCAAAUCAGUUCAACGGUCUUCAGGGUUUGUCUUGCGAUCGAUAUGGCAAUCUCUAUGUCGUCGAUCAUGAAAAUAAUCGUGUUCAACGUUUUCCAGUCGAAUAA